AUGGACAAAAAGCUCCAGUCGUCUAUGUCGGGGGUGGAGCCUGCUGACAGCCAUGCCCAGAACAUGGUCGGCGAGGUUUACGAAGUUGACAAGAGAUAUUCUAAGCAUAAUCGAAGCAAUGAAGAUGUCGCUGCCGGCCUGGCAGAAAUGUUUGAGGGUGGGCAGGGAUAUUCCAAGAAAGAAGUCCAAAGACUACGUUGGAAGCUUGAUAUUCGAUUAAUCCCUCUCCUGUGGUUUAAUGUCUUGCUUCCAGCCAUGGACAAAGUCAGCCACGGCACUGCCGCCCUCUAUGGCCUCAGAACCGAUAUUAAUCUUAGUGGCGAUCAAUAUUCAUGGAUCGUAUCUAUUCAGUUCGGCUACCUGGUCUGGUGCUUCCCGUCGGGCUCAUUACUACAGAAAUUGCCUGUCGCUAAAACAAUGUCCAUUGCAAUGUUUGUAUGGGGAGGCGUGCUCAUUGGAUCUGGGUUUGUAACGAACUUCUCUCAACUCAUGGCUUGCCGAUUUCUGCUCGGCCUGCUCGAGGCCCCGAUCGUGCCGGGAAAUAUGUUGAUUUUAUCCAUGUGGUACACCCGUCCGGAGCAAGCUCUCCGGUAUGGGCUCAUGUACACUGGUCUUUCUACCUGCUUCACUGGUCCCAUUGGCUAUGCCAUUGGGUUCAUUAAGACAGACCACUUUCACAUCUGGCAAAGCUUUUUCUGGAUUUGUGGCGGCAUGACCAUAGUCUAUGGCCUCGUGGUUGGAAUCUUCCUCUCAGACAAUCCAGUUAGUGCGAAAUUUAUCACCGAGCGUGAAAAAGCAAUCGCCAUCGAUCGCAUUAGAGUGAACCAGACAGGAAUCGAAAACAAGACUUUCCGCAGAGAACAAGUCAUCGAAGCCUUCCUCGAUAUCCGCGUCUGGCUUAUGUUCCUUUUUAAUCUCUGGAUUAGCAUCCCCAAUGGUGGACUGACAAACUUCAGCCCACUCAUCGUUUCAGGCCUAGGCUAUAGCGCUCAGAAAUCAGCACUUCUGACUAUACCCAACGGCAUGGUUCAAACUGCAUCCAGCUACAUCUGCAAUGGAGGCGUCUUCCUUGCAGCAAAGUACUACCCUAAGUAUCACUUCCGCGGUGUCUUCAUCAUGUUCGGUAUUAUUAUUGGCAUGAUUGCAGCUAUAUUUUUGUAUACGUUGCCGAUUACUUCUUUGCAUAGUCGACUUGCAGCUUUGUUCAUAAGCUUCUUCUACCUUGGCCCAUAUAUUGUGGCGUUGAGCAUCGUUGGCGCCAAUACUGCGGGACAUACUAAGAAAGUCACCGUAAACGCGAUGAUGUUCAUUUCCUACUGCAUCUCUAACAUUAUAUCGCCACAGUUUUUCAAGUCCGACCAGGCGCCUCUUUAUCCCCUCGGCACUGGCGCGAUCCUUGGAUCUUAUGUUCUAUCUCUGUUGACUAUUGUAGCCUACAUGUUGGUCUGCUGGCUUGAGAACAGGAGGCGUGAUGCUCGAGAGACUGCCGUUAGAGAAACAGUGCACCGCGAUACAGAUUUCAAAGAUCUAACGGACAAGCAAAAUUCACAUUUCCGUUAUGUGUGGUGA